CGACAUCUUUCUCACUGCUUUGAUGAUACUUUGAACUCCGGUAAGUUGUCUUGUCAUUCAUGAUUCUGGGUUGUUUCAUAAUCGAUAAUUCCCUGUUUUUUUUUUGUUUUCUGCAACUUCUUAUGCUAAAUCUUGAAGUCCCUCUUCAGUGGUUGCUUAAAUAAAACAUUUUGAAGCACCGAAUCGUGAAUAGAGUGCUUCAACUGUAGAGAAAAACCGUUUGAUGAUUUACUGUUCUUGUUCGUGUGUCUCUAUCUUUUGUGAAGAUUUAAUCUUGAUGCAUGUUUCCCAACUGUGUUUGCUAUACAUGUUGUUUUCAUUCAGCUACUUAGCGUUCAUUCAAGUCGGAGGAUACGUGGAAAUUAGAACUACUACCUUAUGACAGUCAAUAAAAACCGUUUCUGAUUGAUCUGAGUUUCAAUCUUAUGUGUUAUUCUGAGGAUGUCGUAGGCUUAUCGAUUCCACAGGAGGAAUUACUUUUUCUUUUUUUCGUUUUUUUUAUUAAGCUUUUAGUUUUUUUUUUUUUUUGGUGAAAAGCUUUUAGUUUGUUGGAAAGGGAAGAAAUAGGAUUUGAAAAUAGAAGGAGAUUCUUGAGAUAUUCUCUUUCCCACUUUUGAUUAUGAUUGGAGAUUUGGAGUCCGUUGAUUUAUACCUAUUAAGUCAGAAGAAAUGGAAACAGAUAAACAUAGUGGAAUCAAAGAAUUAGUGUUUCUACUGGAGUGAGAUUUUUGCAGAACAAUGUCUGUGAAACAAAUGCAAGUAUGCAACCUCAUUUUUAUUAAGGUUCCUUGUAUUAAUGCUAUUUCAGGUACCGCGAACAACAAGUAGUAUAUAGAAAGAUGGCAAAUGGUUCCAAGUGCUGGUUGAUUUUUCUGGCAAUUUUGCUUUUGGUGGGAACUUCUAGAAGUUCACUGGUGGAUGAAACAGUUAAAAAUGGGGUGAAAACUGCUGUUUAUUUAUCACCUAAAUUUGAGCUGGAACCAGGAUCAGUAUGCGGGAACGAUGGCUUGUGUCCACACGGACUUUCACAAUAUUUUGGCCUUGGAUCUGAGACACGGAAAACCAGCACCUGUGUUCCUGAUCCAUAUGGUAUAGAAUUCGGCAGUCCUGCAAAGAUACCCUCCGGUUAUGAGGAGAAAUGGCUUCUUAAUGGUUUUAGACCCAAGUUAUCCAGGGGGUUGAGAUGUUGUUAUGAUAAUACAAGAUGUAGGUUAAAGGAAGGAUUCGGAAGUGUGAAAAGAACCCUUUACUUGAAGUACACUGUGAAGUAUGUUGAUUGGCAUAAUUCAAUUGUGCCUGUCAGAGUCUAUAUAUUUGAUGUUACUGAUAAAUGGAGAAAACAUGAUGACUCAACCGGAACCAGUUCAAGACAUGACUGCCAGAUCGAAUACAGUGUGGAGUCUUGUUCUAAUGCUGAUGAGAAUGGCAGUUGCGUUCAUACAAAGAGUGUCAGCAUCAUUUUGCCCACUGGGGGUGACGUUGUCUACGGUGUUGCACACCAGCACACUGGAGGAAUCGGCUCAACUCUUUAUGGAGAGGACGGAAGAGUGCUGUGCUCAUCAACUCCAAUUUAUGGACAAGGGAAAGAACCUGGAAAUGAGGCUGGCUACAUAGUUGGAAUGUCUACCUGUUAUCCUCAACCGGGUUCUGUCAAGAUAUCUGAUGGGGAAACUUUGACUGUGGUUUCAAAUUACAGCAGUGCCCAAGGCCAUACAGGAGUCAUGGGGCUCUUUUACAUUCUGGUUGCAGAUUUCGACUCAUCAUCUGCGAUCAACUCUUCACAGGAUCAAAAUGUUGGGUUGCACGCUAAGAUGUUGACGCCCCAUUAUAUAUCAGGCAUGGCACUGUUAGGGGUUGCAGCACUUGCUGUCUCUGCUUUUGCUUUUCAGAGAAGGAACCAGAGAGGGGAUAUCUAUGAACCAAUACCAAUGGGAGUCUGUGAAAUAGUCUUAGCUACAAGCCUGCUGCUUGCUACACCGUUUGCACGGCUAACUUUCUCCUUUACAGUGAAGGAAAUGGCACUUUCUUCAGAUUUCUGUGUGCUAUCAUUUAUAAUCAUCCUGCUGCUGCUGGCUACAGUUGAGUGUACAGAAGAUGAUAAAGGAAAAGGAGUAAAAACUGAAGUUUUUUUGUCUCCUAAGUUUGAGAUGGAACCAGGAGAAGCUGCUGAGAAAAUUUUUUACAAUAUCAGCUUCCCAAGGGGUCACAUUGCCAUCAAGAGUUUUAACGCUGAAGUGGUCGAUAACGCAGGCAAUCCUGUACCACUUCAUGAAACUUAUCUCCACCACUGGAUUGCCAUGAGAUAUUACCAACCAAAAGGGCUUAAUAACUCCAACAAACAGGAAUCUGAUGAUGAAGAUUACAUUGUAGUUAAGAACAAUGGUAUCUGCGGUGAUCAUCUUCCACAGUACUUCGGGCUCGGAUCAGAAACGAGAAAAACAGCCACCCUUGUGCCUGAUCCAUAUGGCAUAGAAGUUGGCAAUCCAGCUGAAAUUCCAGCAGGAUAUGAAGAGGGAUGGAUGUUUGAUUUGCAUGCUAUUGAUACAAGGAAUGCAGAAAAUAAACUGGGCUGCACAGAAUGCAGAUGUGAACUCUACAAUGUCACGAAAGACGAAAAUGGUAAGGUUUUGGAUCCUCAUUACCUUGGAGGAAUGAAUUGCUGCCGUGAUGGAACAAGAUGCAAACUCAAAGAAGGAUACCAGAAUGUGAAAAAAAGCCUUUUCCUAAGAUAUACAGUGAAGUAUGUUCCUUGGAACAAUUCCAUUUUGCCGGUGCAAGUUUAUGUACUGGAUGUUACUGCUACAAGGAAUGAACAAAAUGGGCACAGCUGCCAGGUUGAGUAUCAAAUCAAUUCCUGCUCUGCAACUGUGGCUCAAGAGGACUGCAUCCACUCAAAGAAUUCCAGUAUAAGUCUACCUUCCGGCGGCGAGGUCAUCUAUGGUGUAGCACAUCAACACACAGGAGGACUUGGUUCCACUCUUUUUGGCGAGGAUGGACGGGUUAUAUGCUCGUCGGAGCCAAUUUACGGCCAAGGAGGGGAAGCCGGAAAUGAAUCCGGUUACAUUGUGGGAAUGUCUACAUGUUACCCUCAACCCGGAACUGUCAAAAUCUCCGAUGGAGAAAUCCUAACUCUUGUAUCAAACUACAGUAAUGCUCAAAAGCAUACUGGAGUAAUGGGACUCUUCUACCUCUUGGUUGCCGACACUUCUUCCUUAAAGCCUAAUUCAGACCAACUUCACAAGGAAACGGGACCACCGUAUUAUGUUUGGAUUGCAAUUGCGAUUCUAGCUGCUCUGAUUCUAGCCCUGUUCAUUACUUCUCAAAGAAAAUGCAGAAACAGAGGAUACCAAACCAUAUAG